AAUAUCUCCUUACUCUGCUGAUGUAAUGAGAAUGCACGUUAUAAUCAAAAUUCUCAACAAAAAUUCUUGUGUAAUUUAACUUACAUACUGAAAAGUAUUCCCAACUCUCUUUUAAGACAUAUGAGCCUACAGCUAUGUGUCACACGUGCACAACAUGUGAUAUGUAGUCUAACAUAUGAGAUCACUGUGAUUAUAAUACUACUGUCAUGAGAGUCAGCCUUGGUCACCUGACUUGGACUAAGGACAUGCAAGGCAGCGGCAAAUUCCACUUUAUAUUAGAGUACUAAAACCUACACAGGGUACUUCCAAGACAGAGGGUUCUCACUGCUACCAAUCAAAACAUUAUCCUGUCUUUCAUCCCUCAGUUGCUUCUACUCCCAGCUGAAACAGCAUCAUGUGCUUCAAGCACAUUGCAUACAGCCACCCAGUAAAUCUAGACUAAAAUUUAAUAGCAUUGCUGAGCAACAAAAUCUAUUAUGUGAAAUACUGUACUUCAAGCAUUUAUGGAAAUAUGAGAUACCUAGUAAAUUCUCUAGGGUUGUGAUAUUCUGGAACCAGUUACAAUCCUUGUAAAACAAAGGACCACCUAGAAAGCUUGAUCUUUACUUUUGUUUAGUUUUACUGCAAAGAGAUUACAAGAUAAAUCCUAUUGAGCUGUUGCAACUGGGAGUUCCAAGAAAAAUCUAUGGCAAACCCAACUAUGGGGGGGGGCAUGCUGCUUUCCUGGCAAUUUGGGGCCUUCACUGAACUUGAGGCCCUAACCAGACUGGAUGUUAAUCAACAUUACUGUACAUGAAUGCAAUGAAUACCUACUGCUUCUAAAAUAUCAAAUAGCAGUUGAGGGGGGCUUUAUUCCAUAACUUGGAUGUGCAAAGGUAUAAGUUAAACUCUAUCCACCUUUGUUCUAACAAAAGUUCCCUUUGGGGGGACUUGGGAAACAGCACUACAUUCAGUAACUUUGAGUUAACAUUUAUUACAAUUAUCUGGAAUGAAGGAAAUCACCUCGAACAAAAAAAAAGUUAGAUUUUUAAAAGAUAGCAAUUUAACAACAAUAACAACAAACAGGGACUGUGGUUAUUCUGGCCUCUGAGAAGGUGACACAAGCAAACCCAACUUUCCUUACUGGUGUCUGCUCAAAAGGGAAGCUCUUAUGUCUUUCCAGCAUUAAGGCAGCAUUAAGGCUGCCCAAGCAGCAAAUAGCAGCUGUUGAGAAGGCAUUUUUUAAAAUCACACAUAGGGUACAAAGACUUAAAUUCUCUCUCAUCACACACCAUAUUUCCAGGGCUGGGCAGGGUUUCUCCUAUCUGCUAAUUAUGUUUUUCAAAAUGAACAUUUGAAUUGUAUUUCCAAAUUACUACAUGAUCUAGUUUGAGAUUAAACUCUUUUUGACUAUAAAACGGACAUAGCUUGGAAAAAUAACUUUUAGGUCAGAAGGCAAGACUUGAAAGAGUCCCUUUGGUUGGCCUAUUAAAUAGCUUUUAUACAGUAGCUAUUGAUCCAUAAUUGGGCCAUGCCCAAUUUGUAUGUGUGUGUGUGUGUCAUUCCAAAAUGUUAUGCAGCACUAUAUCCAUAACCAGCAUUUUUGUGACCUGCAAGCCACCAUGAAAUGUAGAGAUGGUAACACUCCCCUUUCUCAUACACUCAAGACUCUGCAGGAAUAAUGUGAGUGAUAACAGUCUCCAUGGAGACCAUGUAUUUUAGGUGGCAGGCUGCCCAGUACUGCUGAAGUGCUUUUGAUGGCUCUCCUAUUGAACUGUCACAUCGAACAGCCAAUGAUUUACCAUGCCAAGGGAGUGAGCUUAUUAAGACAGGGAGGUGGGCACAAGAAGAAUGUCAGCAGGCCUCUGUAAUACGCUUGAACAAGCUUCAGCGGGAAAGAUAACUUGUUUUAGAAAGCUUCCAUAGCCUAACGCAAGCAAGCCUGUGGACCCAGCAGAACCCAUCUUCCAGUAAACCUACUGACCUCUGACUGAAGUUGCAUUGCUUCAAGUGGUUGACUAUUUAGCCAUGGCAGACUGCACUUCCAGUCAGGUAAAGGCCUCAGAAGAUACAGAUUUUGCCCAACCAAAGGCAGGGUCAGUAUCUCUUUGCCAGAAUUCUCAGUAUACAGAUGCGACACCAAGGCCACAGUUACGUCUGCACAGUAUUGAAGAAGAAAAAGGCCCCUUCCCACCAUCUCGGAGAAGUUCAGUUAUGAGCAUCCUCAAUGCCUCUUUCUCCAGCAGGAGGAACUCACUGGCUGCAGGGGGAAGGCGCCUCUCGAUUGGGCCCUGGAUGCAUUGUGGCCGAGUAAGUUUCUCUGGGCUGCCCCUCUUUGAACCUGUUCGGGAGACACACUAUGAGAACACCUACAAGACCCACCCGGAUGAAGGCUGCAAAUUUAAUUCCUCCCAGGUACAGCAGGUUCUGGAGACAGUUCUGGCCAGCUACUUAGGAGAUGCAAAAUAUAACCCCACUAAUAGUGGGCAGUCAGCCCAGAACCUGUCUGACAUUAUCAGGAACAGAGUCAAAGACAUCACUCCACUUCGCUAUAAGCUGGUGUGUAAUGUUUUUUUGGGCCAAAAGGCCAGCCAAGGGCUCCACAUUGCCAGUCGUUCUCUCUGGGAUGUAGAGAGUGACAGCUUUGCCUCUGCUACUUUCACCAAUUCAUCACUUUUUGCUGUGGCCACAGUACACGGACUGUACUUUGAAUGAGCCAUUCCAGCACAUCCUUCUUCCUUACUAUUAUCCAGUUAAAAAUAACAACAAUGUGUCCAUACUUAAUGCAAACUAACAUUAAAUGAUGCAAGAAAUGCAUAGCCCCACCAACAUUUGCCAGAUAAAAAUAUUUUGCAUUCAGUGUGAAAAAUAUUUUCCAUUAGCUAGGUAACAAACAAGUAAUAAGAGCAAACCUACCUCUGCGAGGUUCUGAGGGAUCACAUUACCUGUUCAAUUGCUUCUUCUUUUAAUUACUUAACAUUAAGCUUUAUAUUUCCCAGCACAGAGACUGGUAUCUACAUCUAUUUUUCUAGUGCCGUUAUCAAUUAAUUGCCGACUGUGGCUUGGAGGAGAGCAUAUGAAAAUUAAUUUCUUGCAAAACAUCUACUAGAACUCACUUUCCAAUUAAACUUAGUUGAAAAGAAUCUGUAAGAGCAUUUCUAUGAUGCUUUACUUUUCCUUCCUGGUAUAUGCAUGGGUUUUGGUGGGGAGAAGACAGACUGACUCCGUUAUCUCUGAAAGCUUGUGUUACAAGUUGUUUUAAUAUAUUUUCACAUAAACAGUCUUCUAACUAAUUGGUGACCAAAAAUGAUCACUUUCCUUACCCUAGAAAACUUUUGACAUGUUGGAUGCAGAAUACAAACUUGUAAUCUAAUGCACAACUAUGUGUGGGUAAACAGCCUUUGAGUUCAGAACACUUUUUAUUUGAUUAUACACCUACUUAUUCAGAAGCCUCCCUAUCAGAGAACUCAACAGCUCCUAGAAGAUUCCAAAGGAAUAAAUUUGCCAUUGCUCACUUGUUCGUAAUUCAUUUACACAAAAAAACAAAAUUUGCCUGUUAUCCAGUGUCAGACAAGCCUUAGCAGGAAUAAUCUCAGUCAAUGUGCAGCAAAGCUACAACCCUACCUAGAGGCCCCAAUGACAUUCUGUUUCAUACAAUACUGGCCCUAUUUCUACAUAGACACGUUCCCUGUUAUCAGGCAUUCAGUGUCAUCAGAUGUUCAUUAAGCUGAUGACAGCCCAGGCAGAGCAGGUGGUGGUGGUUUUAUCUGUCUUUCACACUCAACUUGGACCCAGAGGCAGUUCCUUUACACAGCCAACUACACUGCAAAGAAAAUGGGGUGAGGGGAGAGGAAGAAUCUGGAGGCAGUAAUGUCAACAAUGUGGCAGCAAAGGUGGUUGGCAAAAAUGGGAAGGGGGGCAUCAAACAUGUGUUAUUCUUCAAGAGACCAAAUUUUGGCAGGGCCAAGGAAUGAUUCCUGCAUAGAAUGUGCCCCAUAGGAUGUUGUAAAACUGUAAGUUUGGUACAUGAGAAGAGGAAAGCAUAAGAGUGUGGAGGGAGGGAGGCUUUUAUAGAGACCAGCAUUCAAAAAAAGGUCUUUAUACAUCUACAAGGUAUUGUUACCAUCUCAGGCAAUGCAGUGUGUAGGUUAGCUCUCACAAAUACUAGUUUAGUGUGGAAAGAUGUGGCAAUGACUAUUUCCAUCCCAUCACGACUAAACAGUGUAUAGAGGAAUGUUGUUUCUGGCAAGACCCACCAACACAGAGCAAGACUGUUGUCCAUUAAAGAGCUUCUGCUCUCUCCACAACUUUUAUGUUCCACUCACAUCUCCCAAGUUAGCUAUUGGUUUAAAGAAAAUAGGUGAUUCUACAAUAGGUUUACUGAUUCAUAAAUGAUCUGUGACUCUAAAUAAAGGCAACUUUGUUUCAUACUCAUGCUUGUUACACUUCAUGUCAGGUAUGUCUACAUAUAUACUUCAUAAAUAUGAAGGUUUUGUUUGGAUUACUGCCAUGUUCAAUGUGGGUUUUCCUCUUAAAAUAGUCCCAUAAUUUCAGUUAGACCAAAAGAGGAGCACAAGACUAUUUAAUGGACAAUGCGGUAUACCACUGCUUUGUUAUCUGCUUUGACUCAGUUUGUGUUAACUCCUAAUUCAAAAUGCAAGUUUUGACCUUUAAGCCUAUUAACAGCUUGAGACCAGAGAGUCUGGUGGAAUCCUCCUAUGAUAUGUACCUAUUGCUUUUAAAUUAACUUCUAAAAUCAUUUCAAAACACUUUGGUGUUGCUUGGGAAUCUUUACUAUCUGCUGAUAGAAUUUAUGCUGUAUAUUAUAUAUUCUUAUUGUUGUAGACAUUUGUUAUAAGCUCCUCAAAGAACAUGGCUGUUGGUAUUUAUUACAUACUAAUAAAGAUUAGUACUCCUCGCAUGUCCUCAAA